ACAAGGUUGCGAUCCUUCAAAUAAAAUAGUCUAGUAGCUGGCAUCAAAAGGGAAGACGCAGGUUGGAGGAGUAAUGGAAGAAGCAAAUCUCAAGUCCGCCUUAUCCCUGCGUAAUAACUACAGGGCGGUUGUACUUGGUGGUACUUUUGAUCGCUUACAUGAUGGCCACCGCCUUUUUCUUAAGUCUGCUGCAGGAUUAGCAAAGAAUCGAAUUGUGGUUGGUGUUUGUGAUGAUGCAAUGUUGACUAAGAAACAGUAUGCUGAUUUGAUAGAGCCAAUUGAGCUAAGAAUGCAGCACGUUGAAGAUUACAUCAAGUCUAUAAAACCUGAGCUGAUAGUGGAAGUAGAACCAAUAGUGGAUCCCUACGGUCCAUCAAUCGUCGAUGAGAACUUGGAGGCUAUUGUUGUCAGCAAGGAGACAUUGCCUGGUGGACUCUCUGUUAAUAGGAAGAGGGCUGAGAAAGGACUUUCGCAGCUAAAGAUCGAAGUUGUAGAUCUAGUUUCUGAAGAAUCAAGUGGAGACAAACUGAGUUCUACUGCUUUGAGAAAGCUUGAAGCUGAGAAGCUCAGGGACGAUCAUCCGAGAAGCCGGAGUUAACUUUUCUUGUCUAUACUCAUGACUCAAGUUUGUUUUAUUUCAAUUUGCUUUGUUAGUAUUCACAAGGAAAUAGUAGCCAUCAUAUAUGUGAAAUUGUUGUGAAAAAUAAUCAUCUCUUCAGAGUCUACUGGAGUUGUUUUCACAUUUACCUGUAAAUCUAUAAAAUAUGUUUGUUGAUCCAUGCA